AUGGCAAAAUUUGUCAUUGCCGGUAAAGCAGACUGCCCCUAUUAUGCCAAAGCAGAGCUUCUAGGAGACCACCUGCAAGGAUCUCUACCAGACUUCAGGAUCAAGAAGAUCUCCAUUCACCCAGACGAAUGGAAGGGAUGGCUGGAAGAUGCCUGCAAGACAAAUGGAUGGAAACACAAGCAGUCCCCUCUGAUAUGGAGGGAACUGACAGACAUCGGAAGCAAAAAGAUGCUGUUAGGGGGCUGCAGUGAUUUGCUGGAACAUUGUCAGGAUUACUAUGGCAUCACGUCAGAUAUGCUCACCGAUAUGAUGCUCAAGAUUGCCACAGAGAACCUGGAGACCAAUGUGGACCUGACUAAAGAGGAGCAGCAUCAUGCCAGCCUCAUCCAACCUCUUCACAUAUGGAUUGGCAGUGCUCUCAACCCCACAUGCCACAGCCUGAUUCCAUGUCUGCUCUCCCCAGAGACGUUUCCCCACAUCACUGCCAUCAGCCUCCACCUCCUGGACCUUGAGGGGGACAAGGAGGCAAUGCAUGGCCUAAGAAUGGAGACAGAGGACCUGGCAGUCCCUUUGCUCCAUGAGGUAACCGUUCACACUGAUCUCGAACGUGCCUUUCAAGAUGCCCAUGUUGUCAUCUUACUGGAUGACAGCUGGCCCAGAGGCGGUGAUAGAGAGAACGAGGAGGUGGAAGAGAAAAGGCAGUUAAUGAGAGUCUCAGCCCGGUACCAAAACUACGGACGGCUAAUAGACAAGAGGGCAAACAAGGAGGUGAUGGUGAUCGUGGCCGGUGACCUCUUUGUCAACCUGAGAUGCUCUCUGCUCAUGGUUAACGCCCCUUCCAUCAACUGUUGCCGCUUUGUUGCCACGGCAACACAGCUGGAGUAUGAAGCCAGGGCCUGCAUUGCAAAGAAGCUCCGAGUGAGGACGACAGAUAUUAAGGACGUCAUUGUGUGGGGAAACAUCAGUGGUAGUUUCUUUAUUGACCUGCAGAGGGCGAAAGUGUUCAACUAUAAUGGGGCAAUAAAGGGACCAACGUUCUUCUCCCAACCAGUCCUAGAGAUGCUUUAUGACAGAAAAUGGCUGAAAACAGACUUCCAAGACUUGGUGAGGUGUCACCGUAAAACCAUGGCAUCCAAGACCGGCAGAGCAGCCACCGUGUCGGGUACCAACGGGAUCCUAACCGUCCUGAAGGCAUGGAGCGGCAUCUCAUGUCCUGAUGAGGUUCUUUCUCUGGGAGUUCUAUGUCGAGGCCAGUACGGCCUCCCCGACGGCACCGUCUUCUCAGUUCCCGUGACCUUCAAAGACGGCGAGUGGUCCGUGCUGUUGGACUUGACUGUCGGAGAGGAGCUGAGGGAGAGACUGCAGCUUUCGUCAGUCGAACUCGAACAGGAAAAGGACUUGGCAUCAGAGUUAACUGCAGCCUGA